UGUCCCACGCGCAGCCAUGCUGUCCGGAAGACGAAUGUAAAUAUUUUCGUGACGUCUCAUCCUCAGAGUCAUUCAUAUCCACCCAUUAAGAAGAAUAUCAACCCCUCUUCUGUGGGGAUCAUGCAGAAGAGAAGGAAGCCAGAGCCGAUCAAACUCAACCCGAUCCCCGAUGGAAACACUAUCAACGGUACCGGAGCCACAGAAACAAACUUGGAGGCGCUGCAGAAGAAACUCGAGGAGCUCGAGUUGGACGAGCAGCAGCGGAAACGCCUGGAGGCCUUUCUGACACAGAAGCAGAAGGUGGGAGAGCUGAAGGACGAUGACUUUGAGAAGAUCUGUGAGCUCGGAGCGGGCAACGGAGGAGUCGUCUUCAAGGUGUCCCACCGACCCUCAGGUCUGAUCAUGGCGAGGAAGCUGAUCCACCUGGAGAUCAAACCGGCCAUCAGGAACCAGAUCAUUAGAGAGCUGCAGGUGCUACACGAGUGUAACUCCCCCUACAUCGUGGGCUUCUACGGAGCCUUCUACAGUGAUGGAGAAAUCAGCAUCUGCAUGGAGCAUAUGGACGGCGGCUCCCUGGAUCAGUCACUGAAGAAGGCAGGCAAGAUCCCAGAGCAGAUCCUUGGCAAAGUCAGCAUCGCUGUCAUUAAAGGGCUGUCCUACCUGAGGGAGAAACACAAGAUCAUGCACAGAGAUGUCAAGCCCUCCAACAUCCUGGUGAAUUCCCGCGGUGAGAUCAAGCUGUGUGACUUUGGAGUGAGCGGACAGCUCAUAGACUCCAUGGCCAACUCCUUUGUGGGCACUCGCUCUUACAUGUCUCCGGAGCGCUUGCAGGGCACCCAUUACUCAGUUCAGUCAGACAUCUGGAGUAUGGGUCUGUCCCUGGUUGAAAUGGCCAUCGGACGCUUCCCCAUCCCACCACCUGAUGCUAACGAACUGGAACAGAUUUUUGGCUUCCCGAUGGAAGGAGAGGCAGCGUCCAGUCAGUCCUCACCCAAGCCCCGCCCCCCUGGACGACCAGGCAGCUCGUAUGGACCUGACAGCAGACCACCGAUGGCUAUAUUUGAGCUUCUUGAUUACAUUGUCAAUGAGCCUCCACCAAAGCUUCCUGGUAUAUUCAGCACUGACUUCCAAGACUUUGUCAAUAAGUGUUUGAUCAAGAACCCUGCAGAGAGAGCAGACCUCAAACAGCAGAUGGUACAUUCUUUUAUCAAACAGUCUGAGGCAGAGCAGGUCGACUUCGCUGGCUGGUUGUGCAGUACUAUCGGACUCAAUCAGCCUUUGACACCCACACACGGUACGGCCAUGUGAGACGUCUCCGAAAAAUCACCCCCACAUUCCAAGUUCCUCUGGCUUUGUAUGAAGGGUGAACGAUAUCUUUAUACUGAUUAAUAAGUGUAUUUAAAAGUUGUGCAAUCAUUAGAUAAAUAUUUAGUUUAAAAACAAACAUGCCAAGUGAUUUAACUCUUUAUUGAAUAAUCCUUUGGGCUGUAUUGAAGGCCUGCCUGAAAAGCCAUGUUUUCUAAUGAUCAAAUUAUUUAACCUAAACAAAUGCUGCUAAACCUGUGUGCUUGAUAUUCCUCUUUGCCUUGUGUCAUUACAACGCCAAGUUUAAAUCUAUGCUAGCUUUUGUGAAAUAAAUUGUCUUGUGAAUUAAACUAUUGCUUGACAA